AUGAAGCAAAGGACGCUUCUAUUGUUUCUUCUAAUUGAUACCUACUUUGCUUUAGUCCUCGGUAAUUUGUUCACCAAAACAUAUUUGAAGACCGUCAAAGAUGAUGACAUUGUGCACAAUAGUCUUGCCGAUAGAAAGGACAUGCAUAUUCAAGAAUUUUUUUGGGACACUAUGCAUGAUGAUUCAUGGAAAACCUUCGCAUUUAUUGCUCGAUCGUUCACAAAAACUGCUAAACGCCAAAUGCAAGACUGUGGGCCUAGCAAAGGAGAUUCUGGCCUGGAAGUUCUGCGUUCAUUGGUAGAUAAUAUCAACAGAGUCUUCAUUCCUGACGCGGCGCCCAAGCAUCAAUAUGUAAUUGAAGACCUAAAAACCGAGUUGGCAGAGUGUGCAUCCAAGCUUUGGCGUAAAUACAAGUCGGGUGAAAGAGCCAGGAGUGUUGAUGACCUCCUGGGACACAUUUUGAGAUCUGCAUUAUCAUUCAAAAUUUUUGAGAAGCAAAUCCUUGGAAUAGAUUCAAUGGUUCAAUCUCGAGCUCACUUAUCCGCAGAUUUCUGUCUGUCAAGCCCCGCACAGGUAUAUGCGGAAGGAUUUCAAGCAAGCAUUGGAUUUUUAAACAUGGUAGAGCAUCUUGUGAUUGACGGUCUCAAAGAAAGAAAAGCAUUCAAAAAAUAUCCUUUGAUAGAAGGUGUUCCAAUACCUUUCAAGACGCCAAUCCUUAGUAAUAAAAUAACAUCUAGGAUCAUGCAUCAAAAUGCUCUGCUUACAUGGUGGAAGGUUCAUCUAAACGUUAAAGAUCCUUAUGGGGGAACAAGUGACGUUUCUCUAGAGCAAUUAAAGCACACGGUCCGGGGGUUCGAGUUUAUUGGGUCUCAAGAACAUAUCAACGUUUGGAAGAGCCUCCUUGAUGUGGUUGUGACCACUGGUGCAUCCACAAUACAAAUUCGAGACAAACUGCCACGUCUAAAAAAGUAUCCAAAAGCAGUAAGAUUUUUUAGAAGACUGAUGCACAUCGAAGAUGAAAAGAACUUGGGAAUUCUUGAAGCCUUGUAUAAAAUAUUGGAGAUCUUCGAAGCUUGUCAUGAUGAAUGGGACCAAGAGUCGUUAAGGUUUUCUCAGGACGUCAUCAAUGAACUUUUCAUGUUCAAUGAAAACACUUUGUAUACAAAAAGGGAAACGAUAGUUCAAAGAGCAAAGUAUAUGGUAAUGUGGUGGAUGCUUUCUGAAAGUAUUGCAAAAACUAUUAUGAAAUUUUGGACAGAACACGGGAUGUAUUUUGAAGUGUUUGAUCAACAAAGUGUUCUUCGAUUUACAAGAUACUUAUGGCACUUUAUGGAUGAAAAAGAACGCUUAAAUCAUGGUCUUGCCUAUAAAAACCGCCAAGAAAGAAAUUCUUUUGUCUUGGGAAGGCAUUACUUCAUAUACAUUGGGUGUCAGUUACACCUUCAAGAUUUGAUCAUAAAUAAACCAUCAAAUCUUUGGCCAAUGACAGGAAACUUGAUAGGGAGUGAUAGCUUGGAUAAGAUACUCUCUCUUGAAAAGGGAAGAUCACACCCAGUUGAGGUUGAGAAAGAUUUACACAGCCUAUUUUCUGAGUACAUGAGAGCCUCUGUACAGACUUCAAAGGACAUUCCCCAGAAAUACAAAGAGUCAGAAAGCAGUAAAGAUAUCAUGAUGCUAAACAAACAAACACUUUCAAAUAACAGAAAAUUUAAUGGCAAAGAUGAGGGGAAACAAUUGGAGUUACCACAGCAGGAAGUGCCAAGAGUUGGAUCAGAAGAAUUCCUUGAUAAUGACAUUGAAGAGGGUGAGAUUGUUGAAGAAAUGGACCACAAAACUCCAGGAUCCCAUGGUGUCUUUGAGAAUGCUUAUGAAAUAGAUUCACCCACAAGGAAUGAAGGACCACCUGGUUUCAAGAGGAAGAACGGAGAGCACUCCUCAAGUGGCCAAAGAGAAGUUCAUGAAUCACUGUCUCAAGAGAUUGGAUCCAGGGGAAAGGGGGAUACAGGAUCAAGCAGUGGUAUGAAUAUCAUAGCCCAAGAUGAAAAUAGAAUGCCCAAAAAAAGAAAAUUCUUCAACAAAGAUGAGGGAAAACAACUGGAGUUACCAGAAAACAGAUCACCCCAAUUUAUAUCAGUAGAUCUUCCAGUACAAGAAGUUGAAGAAGGUGAAAUUUUAGCAGAGAUGGAUCACCACACUUCAGAAUCCCCUAGUACUAGUGGCUUCAAAAAUGCUCUACCAAUGGAUUCUCCUAAAAGGGAUAAAGAAUUUAGCAAAUUCAUUGACAGGAAGAAGGGAAAAUAUGUGUCAAGCGACCACAGAAGAGUUCUCAAAUCUCCCUCUCAAGAAAUUAAUGCAAGAACGGAAGGGGAUAGUCAAGCUGGGGAGCUGAGCUUUGAUAAAUCAAACCAUAAGACAAUAAGUGUUGAUUCAAAAGACCCAAAUUAUAUGGUCUCAUCUCCUAAAUUAUCUCCUACUGACCAGUCAACCAACAUAUCAAAAAGUUUCAUACAAACUCUAGCCCAGAAGAAGCAAAGAGGUUUAUUACAAAACAAUAAAUUGCCAGAACUUGGAGCAACAGAUAUUCCAGAGCAUAGCCCCACGGCUCACAGGGGUCUCAAUCCAUUGGACCACAAAUCUUCAAGACCCUCAAAUGUAUUUUCUGACCCUUUGAUACCAAAUGUGUUGAGGGGUACCAAAGAACAAACUCUGGAGUCUGAGAAGGAUGAGGGAGAUCUUCUUGAUUCACACUCUGAGGAUAUGGAAACCAGAAUUGAAGGUAAUAGUCAAGGGGGAAAUACAAUACUUGAAGGCACAAAUUACAACAAAUAUUCUCAUGACAUGAAGAGCACAAAUAGUGUUGAGAUAACUCCUAGAAUUCCUCCCAUAGAUCACCAAUUGAUAGAAAACACACAAAGGCAGUUGCAUUUGAGUGAGCUCUUCAAAAAUCUGUUUGGGGAGGAGAGCCCCAAGGGGCCAUCAUUUACCAAAGAUCUUCACAGAGCCAAAGAUGUGUCUCAAAUGCACUUGAGUGAUGCAUGUGAUAAUUGGUCAGAGAUCAAAGGAUUCACAGAUGACAUAGACAUGUCUCCAGUUGAAGAACACAAUCCAAGGACAACACCCAAACUUAAGCAAGAGCAUGUACCAUUGGGGAAUGAAAACCAGCAUAUAAUUCCAUCUAAAACAGAUUCAAACAGAAUUUCAGAUACUGAUGAGAUAGUAUUGCAUAGCUCAAAAGGAAAGACUUUUGUCCAAAACUCACCUCCCCACUCACCCCGUGUGAGACAGUCCAUCCAAAAUCUGAUUAGGGAGGAGAGCCCCAAGGCAAUUCAUCCUAACCAAAAACUUCAGAGAGACGCAGAUGUUCACAAUAGGAAGUCCAGUGAUGAAUCGGAUGAUUGGGCCAAGAAAGGAGGAAUUACAGAUGAUAUAAACAUGCCUUUGGUGGACAAGCACAAUUCAAGGAUAGCUUCCAAGCUUAAGCAAGAUGUUAUGCCCAUUGGUGGGGGUAUCCAGAAGAGCUUAGGAAAUGAAGAUCAGAGGAUUAUUGCACCCAAGAUAAAUUCAAACAAGAUUUCAGAUACUGGAGAACUAGGACUGCAAAUUUCAGGAGGUGAUACCUCCAAAAACUCGGCUCCUCACUCCUCAAGAAGGAUUUGGAAUGGGAAAGGUGAGGAAUUGGAAAAAGAGAUCCCACCAAAAGCUAUCUUGAGUGUUACAAAUCCUACAUCAAUCAGUAUUGAGUCUUCUCCCUCUGGAAUGGCGUCUACAUCAACCCACGUGCAAAAGUGGGGCAGUUUCCUUGACACAAUUCAUUCAGGUAAAAAUACUGGUGAGCUGAAAUAUGACCCUCAAAAAGAAGGAACCAAUAUUUGGCCAAAAAGAAUCUCCAUAAAGGACUCAGAUUUCAUUCCGCCUCCAAGAGCUGACAACACAGGCGGAGAUCAACCAGUACCUGAUGUAUUUAGGCUUUUUGGUGUUGAUAUAAGACCAGCUGACCAUAACAGAUGA